AUGUCUCAGCGAGUGGCACCUGCACACUUUGCUACAAACCCAGCAGGGGCAGCAGCUUCAAUACCCUUUGGAUAUCCAAUGCAGGGUCAUCAUCAAACAUAUGCCCAUCAUCAUCAUCAUUAUGGACAUCUGACAGAAAGAGUACCACAUCAUCAUAAUCCUCAUAAUUACAUUGGUCAUCAUCAUGGAAAUUAUAAUCCAAGUUCAUCAACAUCAUCUUCAUCAUCAACAUCAACAUCAUCAUCUCCACUUUACAACACCAACACAUCACCAUACCAUAAUAUACAUUCACCACCAACAACUCAAUCACAACAACAGCAACAACAACAGAGAGAACAACAGAGCAAAGUAAUCGAUUAUUAUUCUGCCAAACAGAAACAACAACAACAAAUCCAACAGCAUCAACAACAACUUUAUCAACAACAACUACUCCAUCACCAACAACAACAACAACAUCAACAACAACAACAACAACAACAACAACAACAACAACAACAACUUAAUACAUCCACCACCAACAACAACAACAACAACAAUAGCAACAAUAUAUUACAGGAAACUUUAUCAAGUAUGAUUGGAGAAUAUGAUGAUGAAGAUUCAUUGAAGAAGAAGAGGAAGAGGACAUCACCUGAUCAGCUAAAGAUUUUGGAGAAGAUAUUCAUUGCUCAUCAACAUCCAAGCCUUAAUCUAAGGAAUCAGUUGGCGAUCGAGCUAGGCAUGACACCACGCUCCGUUCAGAUUUGGUUCCAGAACCGUCGAGCCAAGGCUCGUAACAUGGAGUUCAAGCCAAUCCUCACUGGAACAUCCACCGAGGAGCUCUACGACGCUCUGCAAGGUGCCUACUUGCCAUCAAAGCAACAGCAGUUGCCAACACAACAACAGCAACAGCAGCCUCAACAACAACAACAACAGCAAGUCCCGACUUUGCAAUUCCAAAAGUCGUCCCCCAAGAUCGUCGUGGCAGACAAGUCACCAUCAGUGGCCUCAAUUUGGAAUCGCAUUCUUCUUCAUCCAGGCAAUGCUGAGGGCUUGUUAAGGUACAACCCGGACGAUCCCAACUCGAUCGACGUCAACACUAGGGACACGAGAGGCCUAUCACUGCUGUUCACAGCAGCUGUACUGGGCUACGAGUUCCAGGUGCGACGAUUGGUCGACAGUGGCGCCAAUCCAAACAUCCGCGACAACCAAGGUAACACACCCAUCCUGGCGGCGUCGUUGCUGGGCAACCUACACAUUGUCGAGUAUCUCUUGCAACAUGGUGCCGACCCCAACUUGGAGAACGACGAUGGUGUCAGCCCAUUGUACGCUUCCUGCAAGAGUGGCCACAUCAACAUCGUGCGCUGUCUUUUGGAGAACCACGCCGAAGUUUCCACUCGUCUACAAACGUCGGGCGAGACCCCACUGCACAUCGCCGCACUCAAGGGCUACGACCGUAUCUGCCAGCUUCUUCUGGAGAACGAGGCCAAGUCCCACGUGUUUGACUCGGCCAACUACACGCCUCUUCAUCACGCGGCCAUCAUGGGUCACAUGCCCAUUGUAAAACUACUCCUACGAUAUGGCGCAGAGCUCGAGGCUACUGAUCGCGACGGACACACGCCACUUCACACCGCGUCGCUCAUGGGCAACGACCUUAUCGUUUCCUAUCUAUUGGAGCGCGGUGCCAACGCCAACAAGCAGGACCACGACGGUCUCUCGCCCAUUCACUAUGCCAUCAGAGAUGGAAGAAUGGAGACUGUAAAAAUAUUGAUCAAGAACAAGGCGUCAUUGGAUAUCAAGACGGACUGUAAACAAAACUCACUCCAUCUCUCUGUGCAAUGGGGAACGGUGAUGAUGGGCCAGCUCGUGUUUGACAACUACAAUGGCGACAUUGAUGAUUGCGACGAGCAAGGCUUCACACCAUUGUACAUUGCUGCCAAGGCUGGCAAGAUCAACUUUGUAAGAUAUCUCAUUGGAAAGGGUGCAUCAGUCAAGAUUGCAUUGGAGAUUGCCGAGCGCAACAACAAUGGCAACAACAAUGGUAAUGAUAAGGAGAUUGUUGAGAUACUGCGUAAGAAUGCAGGACUCAGUCCACAGAUCUCACCUGACGACGAGUCCAAGCCAGUCACGGCCACCACAACCACCACUGAGAAGAAGAUCAACAUUGGCAAUUCACACUCUGUCCAUGAUCUCUUGGACAACAACAAUAAUGGCUCCAAUCAUGUCAGUUCAGAUGACUAUCCACUCAGGAUCAUCAGUCAUUCGUUCAGCUAUCAGAACAGAAUGUCUUCCAAUCAUCACCAUGACGAUUAA